CCUGUGUUUGCCUUUAGCUCGUUUUAUUAUGGUAUAGUAUUUUAGUCUAAAUUUUUAAUCACCAGAGAGUGCAGGACCAUAGCAUAAUUUUUAACCUUCGGCAUGGUUUGAUGACUUCUCACUUAUUAGUUACUUAUUAGGUACCGAAUUCUUGUUAUGUGUAAUACCGCUUGUAUGAGUUUAUCAUUUUUUCUGUAUUAUGAAUUGCAUUUUAAUUCAUGGACAAAUAUUCUCAAGUACUAAUCCAGCCAAUAGUAUUACCAAGUUGAUAAUCCCCACUUGUACUUUUAGUUUGUGUACUCAACCUCUUAUAAUAAAAGGGCUGUUGAUUAUUAGAUAUUUGGAUAUGUCGGCUCAUACAAGUAUUCUUGCUGAAUAGAAAUGGAACUAUGUUACACUACCAUAUCUUAGAUUAUGUGUUAUAUUUUGGAUAUUUGAUUACCUACUUAUUAUUAUUUUUUUAUAUUAUUUUUAUACCAUGUAAGUAUUGGAUUUGCCAUAUUGGAAAGAUGGGGUUUUUAAUUUGUUAUUGGGUUACGCUAUUGACAUUUGUCACGGACAUGUUAGAUACUUUACAAUAAUUCAGAUCCUUAUUUUCUCCACAGUAUAAUUCUGGAAUGAGUUUGGAAUUUUGGUUUAUAGAUGAAUUCUUGAGUCUUUCAUAUUUCUUCUUAUGAACUAGUCUGUUAAUGCUCAAAGUUGGUGAAUACGUGGGUUCGAAAUUCAGCAACUGAUCACUGCUAUCCGAUUUCGUAAUCCAUGUCUUUCAUGGUUGAGUAUGCGGAUGUUUAUGCAUGAUAAUAUUUCCGGUCGGGAAACGGUGCGCAACAUUUCCUAACCAUUCUUGUGUAAUUAGUCCAGAUAUUCCAGGCACGUUUUCACACGAUAAUAGGGAAGUUUAGUUUGCUUAUUUUAUGUCUCUUAGUUCAUAGUAUAUUGAUGCUUUGAUUAUCCAUAUACGUAGAGUCGUAAUGUUAGUGAUCAACCCGUCGGGACAAAUUAUUGAUUUUCUUUUUAGUAGAUUCCCUCUUCUAUCCUCAGGCAUUAGUUGUUGCUUAGAUUCAGGAAUAUCUCCUGGAUAAUCCUAUGUAUGUUCAAAUGAAUAUACAGUCUUAUAAAAAAAAUUGGGAGCUCGUUCCCGUCAUAUUUUGUAUUUACCAUAGAGUCAUAGUACUUAUAAGUUACCCUUCAUUUUUAUUAUUUAGUUUAGAUAGGCUCAUAUUACCGAAUGAGGGAAGAUGUAGAGCUAAUUUAGUUAUUUAUUUAGUAUUAGUGGGAAUUGGUCCAUAAAUUUUCCUGAUCGUUCUUCUUUGGAUAUGCUCUUAUAAAUCUGGUGUCCAUUGAUAGUCCGAUUUUGGAUUGAGUGUCCAAUUCCACAUUUAGUUUGGUUAAUGUGUUUGGAUUCGUUUGGUAUGUUUACUAUUUGUAUUAUUCGGUACUGGUGAGAAUUGUUCCAUAAAUCUUCCUGAUUGUUCUUCUCUGGAUAUGCCAUUACAAAUCUGGUGUCCAUUGUUAUUCCAAUUUUGGAUUGAGUGUUCGAUUAUUCUUCACUAAUUUUAGUUAUUGAUUUAUUUGGUGACUUUAGUAUAUUUACUUGCGUUAGGGUAUGAAUUGGCUCACACCUUUGCCUGGUUGUUCGUCCUUGGAUAUACCCUUUAUAAAUCUGAUGUCCAGGGAUAGUACAACUUUGGAUUUGCUGCCAAUUCGACACUUAUUUGUCAUUAUAAAUUAAAUCUCAUCUGUAGGUUGUUUGGCUUUUAAGAAAAAAAAAAAAAACCAGUCACGUUUACUAGGACUUCGGGUCAUCUUUUGCAAUUCCUGUUAGUUGCUGCAGUGACCAUCCUGCUUUCCCUUGAUUAUUAGUUGUGAUUAUUUGUAAUCUUGCGAAUCAACGGGGAAUGAUACACUAAGUACUACUACUUUAGUUUAAUAUGUGAAAAAAAAAAAUUUUUUAAUUAAAAUUUUUUUUUCUCGUGGUCAAAAGGGAAUGUGACGUUCCGCCCCUUAUAGAAUCCAUUAUUGAUGGGAAGAUAUUAUUUCAUUAUUUUUAGAAUUAUUUUCUUUCAAUGGUUAUUAAAAUAUAACAUAACACCAUCACAGAAUUUUAAAUGCUUGUGACGUCACAUUUUAAGUGUGGCAACAUUGGUUUGCUUGCGUUUGACAGCGUAUCGAUGGGAGAGGGGAAUUGAAUUGCCCACGGAGAUCGUCAGCCAGCUAACGAGAGGGCAUUGGCUUUCUAGAAGUGUGUCGGAGUGGCAGGUCGGUAGCUUGAUAUUUUACCCACAAUUUCAAGAUCCAAAUUAUAAUUAAAGAUUGAAUCCAUCCAGCAUUAGGGAAUAUAAAGUUAUUAGUGAAUACGAAGUUGAAGAAUUUGAAUGCAGAUUUAAAAUGAGUUCCGGCCUGAUUCUCCCAAUGUUGGACCAAAUUCCUUUCUUACAUAUUUAGUUUCUCUAAGUAUGGUGAAACCGCCGGGUUCUGAAUAUAUAGAUAAUAGAGCAUCUAGACACUCAACACGUGGAUAUGGUAAUAGAAAUCAACUAAUCAAUUUAGAAACUACUGGUCCAUUCAAAACAUGGUACUACUGGAAUGUGUUAGAUUUCGCUUAUCCCAGUGAAACUGAUAGAGAUAUUGCCAUACAGAAUGAGGAUUUUAUUCCAAAAAACAAUCUUCCAUUAGGUGUGGAGGUAUAUGGAAACCGAAUAUUUGUAUCUAUGCCAAAAUGGAAGCCGGGCGUACCGGCAACUUUGGCAGUGAUACCAAGAGUUCCAAAAGAACCGUCGCCGAAGUUAGUACCUUAUCCAAACUGGGAAUGGCACACCUCAGGAGGAUGCGAAAGCAUCACUUCCGUUUUCAGAGUUGAUGCUGACACCUGUGGCCGACUCUGGGUUUUGGACAGCGGCCUUAUACACGUCACAGUGAAACCUCAGCAAGUUUGUCCUCCAAAAAUACUGGUUUUUGACUUAAAAUCUGACGAGUUAUUAGUGAAAUAUGAGCUACCAGAAGAGUUUAUCAAGCAAGAUAGUUUGUACUCAAAUAUAAUUGUUGAUGUACGAGAUGACUGUGACAAUGUGUAUGCCUACCUUGCCGAUGUUUGGAGAUACGGAAUUGUAGUUUUCAGCUUAACUAAGAUGCGCUCAUGGAGGGUUACUGAUCAUUUAUUUUAUCCUGAGCCUUUAGCAGCUGCAUAUAAGGUUCAUCAUUUAGACUUUGAAUGGACCGACGGAAUAUUUGGAAUGUCUCUUAGUCCGUACAAUCCUAGACAACCAGACAGAAUACUCUACUUCAAUCCAAUGUCCAGUUUUAGAGAAUUUUAUGUUCAGACAUCAGUAAUUCGCAACGAAACUGGUUGGUCAAAAAUAAAAGAUGCCUUCAGGGUGAUCGGUCAAAGCAGAGGAAAAUCAGGACAUAUGUCCGCUUCAAGGAUUUCUAAAAAUGGUAUAAUGUUUUACAACCUAGUAACAAGAGAUUCAGUGGGAUGUUGGGAUAUAAGGAAGCCGUACAAGAGAUCAAACUUGGGAGUAGUAGCUCAAGAUCCGGAAACGAUGGUAUUUCCAAACGAUCUUAAAAUUGACAAAGAGCGAAGACAAAGCGUUUGGGUGAUAAGUAACAAGCUGCCAUUUUACCUUUAUGAAGGACUAGAUCCCAAUAAUAUUAAUUUUAGAAUUAUGUCAGCAUAUGUAGAUGAAGCCUCUAAAAAUACUAUUUGUGAUCCUAACUUUAGUUAUUACGAUACGUACAAUGAGUAUUUCAACGACGAAGAUUGUUACUAAUUAUUUGUAUUAUAAUCUUACAAUAUUACUUAUUUGUAAAUAUAUUACAUAUUUUCUCUAGGCAAA